CAUUUAUUCAAGCAUGAGAGGGAAAAACACUUCACAGUUUCAGCAUCAGCGAUCGGAGGUUCAUUCAGAAGAGCACAUCGUCUUUGCAAUGUCUGGAUUGAUUUGGAAGGCAUUAAAUAAUGUGUCUCAUCUACAACUAAGACAUCACUAAAUCAGAGCUCCCAUUGUGACUACUAGAUCCUUCUUCAACUAUUGUCUGUUUCAUGGAAUCCCGACCUGCUUCCCUUCAUCCCCCUAGAAACAAUGAGCCCAAGGCAUGCUGGGAAUCUGAGUCCCAGCAGAGAAAGGGAAACCUCUCUCCUGGAACCAGGACAAGACUCAGAGAGAAUCAUGGGAUUGAGGUACAAGCCAAAGAACAGGAGGAGACAUCCACCUCCAGGGAAUCUGCCAGCCAUAUGAAAACACUAAAACACACUGCAUUAGCCACUUCUGCCAUUCCAGCCGCAGACCCCCUCCCUGCAUCCACAGCUGCAUCGAAAAUACCCACCAUGCACUCAGCUACAACCAAGCAGGUCACUGUGGGAAUAGCCAACACAACUGCUACGACUAAAACAGCAAUGAAACAUCCAACCAAAACAACUGCACCUGGAGUGGAGGUCUUAGGUUUGUCCAGCCAAGCUGGACCCAGUGGGGCAAAACCGAGAUCCCCAAAUGCGAGCCAUGAGAAGAAGCUACAACCAAGUGCGAAAACAGUUUCCAAAAACAUGCAAAAAACUGCAUCAGCUUCUCAUAUCAUGGGCUCCACAGACUCCCAACAAAAGAUAAUUCAUAAAACAACUUCAGCUUCCCAGAUUUUCUCUACUGACUCUCCCAAGAGUUUCAACCGAAGUUCUCUUUCCCAAAUUCCCAGGGCUACGUCCAGCCCCAAACUUAAACCGCCUCAUCCUACGUCUCUCAAAGUGGACAAAACCGAGCGGAAUAGAAGAGUUACGGGCAAAGAGGGACUGCUGUUGACUUCUCCAAAAGAUAAAAUGAUUGACACAUUGGUGGAGAGCAAACUGAAACUGGGUACAAAAGCAGCAAUGGGGGAUAAUCCUCAGGAGCUGGAGAUAAAGAGUGGGAAUGAUGGAAAAGAGAUGCUAGGAGACGAAAGAGAGGACGCUGUCCUUCCAGAACAAAAGCUUAGAGGAAGUGACCUGAAAGGGUGCAAAGAAACUUCCUCUCCAUCAUCGUAUCAAGCAACAAACCCCUCUGCCGACAAGCUGAAAGAGCCAGAAGACAAGACUGAUGCAUAUGUCACAACCCAAGAGAGUCACACAAGAGAGAGUCAGAGACUCUGGGAAAAGAAGGGAAGGGAGGAAGCAGAGAGCGAGGAGAGGAGGAAGCCAGGAGAGAGAAAAGGGGAAGCUGAGAUUAAGAAUGACAAAAUGGCGACUGAGGUCAAGAAGGAUGCUGUAAUGAAUGAAAAGAAUAAGAUUCCCAAAUCCAAGAGCCUGAAGGAUGCCGUGACGAUGACAUUUGAAGGUUUUCCAGUGACCGAAAGGAAGGAUGCAGCACUGCAGGUGGAUCUUCAACCGGUGUACGUUGACGUCGAGGUCCAGGCAGAUGUGGAGGUGUGCAGCAGAUCCACAGACACAAGUCCAGUCCAUGAUUGUCAACCCUACCAGGUGAACCCUGAGAUUGACCUCAACUCUAAAGGCUUUCACAACGAACUCAAUCUUGACAGCAACUCGGACUCUGAUUGGUUGUCAAGUGUAACCUUACCAGACCCCAAAUCAACAGGAGCCAAGCCUAGAUUUCUAGGUCCACCCCCUUACAAAUCCCCCAAUAGCCAGAAACCUCUUCAGCACGUUUGUCAAAUAGAGAUUGAGCUUCGUAGCCAGUCUCCGCAACCUCUCAGUGAAUUUGACUCAACUUGUCAAGUAUCGGCUGGGGUGGCGGAGAAGACGUCCAUGGAGAGGCUUAACUCAGGAGUGGAAGGAAAAAAGGAGGAGAGCUGUCCACCCCAGGAGAUCGUCUGGGAUGAGCAGGGAAUGACGUGGGAAGUCUACGGAGCGUCGUUGGAUUUGGAGUCCCUGGGAUUUGCCAUCCAGAACCACCUGCAGUGCAAGAUCCGUGAACACGAGCGGCGUAUCGGCUCGCUCCGGAGGUCCAUAUGCCUCUCCGAACAAUCAGUUGGAAAGGGCAGGACGGGGAAGAAGAAAAGGAAUGUCUUCAGAUCGCUGUUUGCUGGAUCUAGGUGCUGCUCAAAACCACGACCCAAAGAGGAAGCAGAAAAGUGACUCAUUGUUAUGUAAAAAUGUUUUGUAGAUGGUGCUACACUGGAGAAUGUAUAGCAGACCUAAAAAUGUCUAUAAAUAUGUAACCUACUGUUGCUUCAUGUACGUUUUAGACCACGUUCAGAAGCUUGAAAAGAUUUCUUGCCUAUGGUCUUGUCCACAAUGGCGAGAUUGAUGUGAACUUGUGGCCUUAUCGGCUACGCUUGUUCUUGACUAUGAAGUGCAUGUGAUUGUAGCACAGGGGUCUCCAAUCCUACACCUGGAGAGCUACCGUUCUGCAGAUUUCAGCCCCAACCCCAAUCAAACACACCUGAACCAGAUAAUCAAGGUGUUCAGGGCUACAGACAGGUGUGUUAGAGUAGGGUUGGAACUUAAGUCUGCAGGACACUUCAGGAGCAGGGCUGGGGAUCCCUGCUAUAGAGAGACACCACUUUUUUUUCUUUUUUUGAAGUUGUUUUUAUGGGCUUUUAUGCCUUUUAAGAGAGAACAGUGGGGAGACCUCAGGAAAGCACUGGGUAGAGAGAGGGGGAGCGGGAUGGACAAAGGACCUUGAGAUGGGAAUCGAAUUUGGGUCACCGUGAGCGCAGUUGCAUUGUAUGUCAACGCACUAACCACGAGGCUAUUGGCGCCAACAAGAGAUGCCACUUCUGGCCAUUCUGGUUUUGGAUAUCUGGAUGGUUCUUAAAUGUCUCUUAAAGGGAUAUUUCACUCAUCGGUUACUCAUGUAGUUCCAAUCCCUGUAUGACUGUCUUUCUUCUAUGGACACCAAAAGAAGAAUGUUUUGAAGAACAAUGGGUACAACCCUGAGACAUUUCUUAAGCUCUGUUUACACUAGUGCAUUUUUGGUUUAAAACGCAUUACUUUUGCUACGGUUAUGCCUGUUGUUUACACUACUCCAACAUUUUCGACGCUUGAAAAUGGAGACUUUCGAAAAUGCUGCAGACCCCAUUUUACUUUGAAAACUCCAGGGUUGUGUUUCAGUGUAAAUGGACCAAAACAGAGACUUUUGAAAACGAUGGCGUGGCUGCCCACAUUCGUUCCGGGACCAUGUAAACAAUAACAUCAUGCUCAUUAUGAAUGGUCCUGUGACAUGCAUUUUAGGUUGUGUAGUGUGGAUGGAGAUUGUUGCUGAAACGCAGUGAAAACACCAGUGUAGACGGGAAUCAUUUUCAUUUUCGAUUUCACUAGUGUAAACAGGGCCUUAAAAAAACGAAUAGAGUUUUGGAUGAUUCUGAUUGUAUUUCAUUUUAAGGGUGAACUAUCCUUUUAAAACUCAUUUUGUGCUCCAUCAAACAUUGUAAACGUUGUUUUGGGUUAGCAUGUUCACACUGUUGGUCUUUGUUUGGACAGAGUGAAAAAUCUUAGAUGUUUCGCAAUAUUUUUAAUCCAACACCCAUCAUUAGAAUAUUUGACAUUUUGGUAUUUGUUGAGGCUAUGUGAACUAGCUUAGUUAAUGAGUUCACUAACAUUAAUCUACAAGUGAAUUGUUGACUGUUAUUGAAAGUUCAGUGACAUUUUUUUCAUUUUUGUAGAGGCAAAAUUUGUCCACUGUCUUCACUCCUUAGUAUUAACUUGUGUAAAGCUGAAUGUCACUACAGUAUCUGUACAGUAGUCAACAUUUGAAGUGGAUCAAAAAAGUUGAUCAAAGUUGUGCUAAGAUAAGAAGGGGUAUUGUUUUGGUUUUAGGACAACUUUGAUGAAAUGUGGACUACAGCAGGUAAACAUUUUGAAAAACAACUUAUUUUUAUCACUUUUUUAGAAAAAUAAACAAGUUUUUGCGUUAUGUUUUUAGGAAACUUCUAGGUUUUCUCAGAACAGUUAAUGAGUGUCUAAAUGUGAGCAUUGAUGUUUAGUCACUGUGGUCACUCACUUGCACACCUGAACAACUUCAAGCACUGGUAGUUGUUGUUAAUGCUGGUAAAUGUUAAUCCCAUUAAAAAUGGAUGACUUCCAGUUGGUUUGACACUGCAAAAAUGCUGUCAGUGUCCUUUAGAGAUACAUAAAACUGAGCUAAUAAUCACUGUAGAGCACUUUAAUAAAAUAAAAUAAUGUUUGUGAUGUUCUUCAUGACUUUUUCCAAGUUAAGAUGUUAAGAAUCCUCAUGCAUGAGCCUGUUUUUUUUUUUUUUUUGUUUUCUGAUGUGAGAGCCCUUUUAACUGUGAUUUAGUCCUUGCAUUUCAUGUUAUUUUUACCAUGGUAUCAGGACUUGACUGAAUGAGGUCUUUGUGUUUUGGCAAAAGCUCUAAGUGAUGUCUGCUGAAUAUUUUAUCUUUUUCGUGUGAGGGAGCAAGACGUAGAUAUUGACUGUACAGAAGCGAGUGUGGACUAAAUUUAGGUAUCUUUGUUCUCAAUGAUGUCUGAAUUGAGUCUAGCUUUAAAUAUUUCACUCAGGAGCAGCAAUGCAGCACAUACAGCUACCGUGUCCUGUGUUCGGUUGACAUUAUGGACCCUACGGAGCUUCUGCCCUACAUACUUCAGUGAAAUGAAGUGUGCAGCAAAUGAUGGUGUGAUGGCUCUCUCUCAUAUACCUCUGUUUUGCUCUCUUUAGUUUUUGUGUGGCAGCGCUGUACUGAUGUUCCUCAAACAUUCUGGUGUUUAACAACUUGAA